GCGGCUAAGCUGGGUUGGGCCGGCCGACGGCGGGGAGGUGCUGGGUCUCCAGCUUCACUAGGUGGGUGGGUGGUAGGAAAGCAGGAGGGGGUGGCCGCGGCGGCCUUGGCUUCCCUCCGACUCUUCCCCCUCCUGAUAGGCGGACGAUGAAGAAGCUAUACAUCGGCAACCUGAGCCCGGCCGUGACUGCCGAGGAGCUCCGGCAGCUCUUCGGCGACAGGAAGUUGCCCCUCACCGGGCAGGUCCUGCUCAAGUCCGGCUACGCUUUCGUGGACUACCCGGACCAGAACUGGGCCAUCCGCGCCAUCGAAACUCUCUCCGGUAAAGCAGAGCUGCAUGGCAAAGUCAUGGAAGUGGAUUAUUCGGUCCCCAAAAAACUAAGAAGCAGGAAGAUUCAAAUCCGGAAUAUUCCUCCACAUUUACAGUGGGAGGUGCUAGAUGGUCUUUUAGCUCAACAUGGGACAGUAGAGAAUGUAGAACAAGUUAACACAGAAUCAGAGACAGCAGUUGUCAACGUUACAUAUGCAACAAAAGAAGAAGCAAAAGUAGCAAUUGAGAAGCUUAGUGGUCACCAGUUUGAGAACUAUUCCUUCAAGAUUUCCUACAUCCCAGACGACGAGGUGAGCUCCCCUCAGCCCCCCCAGAGAUCCCGGCGUGGGGGCCACUCUUCCAGGGAGCAGGGCCCCUCCCCUGGGGGCUCCUCGCAGCCCAAACAGCUCGAUUUCCCUCUACGGAUCCUGGUCCCCACGCAAUUUGUUGGUGCGAUCAUAGGAAAGGAGGGCUUGACCAUAAAGAACCUUACUAAGCAAACCCAGUCCAAGGUAGACAUUCAUCGGAAAGAGAAUGCUGGUGCUGCUGAGAAACCAAUAACCAUUCAUGCCACCCCUGAAGGGUGUUCGGAAGCAUGUCGCAUGAUACUUGAUAUUAUGCAGAAAGAGGCUGAAGAAACAAAAUCGGCUGAAGAGAUUCCUUUGAAAAUCUUAGCACACAACAGCUUAGUUGGAAGAUUGAUUGGCAAAGAAGGAAGAAACUUGAAGAAAAUUGAGCAAGAUACAGGGACCAAAAUCACUAUUUCUCCUUUGCAGGAUUUAACCAUUUAUAACCCUGAAAGAACCAUCACUGUGAAGGGUACGAUUGAGGCCUGUACCAAUGCUGAAGUAGAGAUAAUGAACAAACUGCGGGAAGCCUAUGAGAAUGACGUGGUAGCAAUCAAUCAACAAGCCAAUCUCAUCCCUGGACUUAAUCUCAAUGCAUUGGGCAUCUUCUCAACAGGUUUAUCCAUGCUUCCCUCAGGAGCUGCAGCCCGUAGACCUGCUAUUACUGCUCCCUACAACCCUUUUGCUAGCCAAGCAGCAUACCUUUCGGGCCUUAAUGGAGCCUCGCUGACUGGCACAUAUCCCCAUCUGCACUCCUUGCCAGAGCAAGAAGUGGUGAAUUUGUUCAUCCCAACACAGGCAGUAGGUGCCAUUAUUGGAAAAAAGGGCCAACACAUUAAGCAGCUAGCAAGAUUUGCAGGUGCUUCAAUCAAGAUUGCACCAGCUGAGAGUCCAGAUGCCAGUGAGAGGAUGGUUAUAAUUACAGGGGCCCCAGAAGCACAAUUCAAGGCCCAAGGACGGAUAUUUGGAAAACUGAAAGAAGAAAACUUUUUCAAUCCAAAAGAAGAAGUGAAGCUUGAAGCUCACAUCAAGGUGCCUUCUUCUGCUGCAGGUCGGGUGAUAGGAAAAGGUGGCAAAACAGUGAAUGAACUACAGAAUUUAACUAGUGCAGAAGUAAUUGUACCACGUGACCAAACUCCUGAUGAAAACGAGGAAGUUGUUGUCAAAAUAAUUGGUCACUUCUUUGCCAGUCAGACUGCUCAGCGCAAGAUCAGGGAAAUUGUCCAGCAAGUGAAACAGCAGGAACAGAAACAUCCACAAGGCACCCCGGCCUCGCAGCGCAGCAAAUGAGGCUGCAGGGUGCUAGUCAGCAACAACUGAUGAAUGUAGCCCUUCCAACACCUGAUAGAAUCACCGGACCAGGGAGCAAACCAAAGACUAUCUGACGGCAUCCAAGUCUGCCCAAGAGGCUGGGGCUCUACAGAGGACAUCCAGUACCCAGGGAGUGGGAAGGGAUGGGCUUCAGCCAGCAGAAACUGCCUCUCUCACCCCAUAGUCUCAUGGAGUCUCUCUAACAGUACAACGCUAUCCCUUUAGUUGGACUAACAUAGGCAGAAAUUUUUUGCAAAAAUUUUCUGUACAUGUAUGUACAUACUAGGAAAGCAUUUUUUACACAGUGCAUGAGCUGCUGCACCAGAUAGCAUUAAUAUAUUUUAGAAUUAAUCUAGCUAACUAAACUAACUCCAGUCUUUAAUUUUUUAACAAUUACAAUUUUUUUUAAGAAAAAGCCAGCUUUUCUAGACUAAAAUUUAAAGGCUAGUCCGUUGUGGGUUUCUAACAGAAAGUAGGAGGGGGACGUAGGAUAGCCAGAACAAAAUUGAAAUGAGACUCAAAGGUGAACAAUACUUUGAAGGACUUCAGGAUGAUUAAUGGUAGCAGCACACCAUCAAAGAUUGCCUGUAAGUGCCAACAGAAGGGAUACCGUCUUGUUAGCAGAGGAAUCUCUAUGCAUUUCUUUCUCCAGCUCAUGUGAUCUUCUCUUUGCUUCACAGAUCUCAAACUGGUUUUGCAUACAGUCUCUCAUUUUGUACCAGGGUGCAAUCCUCCAAGUACAUGCGCAUGUGUACGUGUGUGUGUGUAUAUAUAUAUAUAUAUAUAUAUGUAUGUGUGUAUGUAUGUAUGUAUGUAUGUAUACAUACACACAGUGUAUGUGUGUAUGUGCUAUAUAUACACACAGACACACACAAAAUGCCAAGCUUUAUAUCAGUUUCCUGAAAGGGUGGGGGAGGGGAAAACUUUUACCCUGCUUACAGGAAAAUAGAGCACACUUGGUACUUUUGCAUGCAGAAUGCUGCCACCAAUACUUUGGGAAAUGGAUUUUUAAAAUGGGAUUAACAAGAGGGUGUUGGCCCAGGGCAUGAAAAUUGCAACUUUUUUCAAAAAAAGAAAAAAAAAGAAACAAACUACCUCAGGUGUUUUCAUACCUCAGCACCUUGCUCUUGUGUGUCCCUUUUUGAGAUUUUGUAUGCCUUGUAAAACUGAGAGUUGGAGCAUUUUUUUAUUUUUUUAAUAAAACUGAGUUGGAAAUAAAUUUAGACAAAAGACAGCUGCCAGGUGGAAGAAAACAUCAUUCUGUAUGAUGAUUAUUCUGUAUUAUUCUUCUGCUAGAUGUGAGUCAAUAACCUUCAAACAUAGUAAUAAUAAAAAUAGAAGUGCAAGAGACACUGGAGUAGAACUCCUGAGUUUGACAGGUUAAACACACUAUUAGAGUUUUUCUGUGCUAACAGAUGGAUGUUAUACUGGUUCUGUGAACAUGCCAUUGUACCAUCAGGUUGAAACACCAGUUUUCUCUACUUUAAACAGUGUUCUGUGGAAAAGCAAACAAAAAAACAAAAACAAAAUACAUCCAGCUAACAAGA